GGGGGAGGUAAAUAGUGGAUGCACCCGGUUCUGGACGCAACCAAUUGCGCAUGCGUAAAUAUAUCAAAAUACCCAAAAAAAGAGGAUUGACCGCAUGAGGAUAUUUAAAUAAAACAAUGACUUAUCGAGUGUGCGCUGGCUUCAGUUCAAUCUCGGUGUGACAGCUCGGUGAGUAAAUCCGAGGAUGGACAACGUUACCGUGUCCGCCUCCGGUGGGUCCGCAGAGGACAUGGAGGGGAUCUGCGUAAUGCCGGACUUGAGUGCCAUCAAGACUGAGCAGUCGGUUGGAGCGAGCCCAGUUGACACGGGCGCCCAAAAUGUGGCCAUGGGCAUCAAGUUCAUCCUGCCCAACCGCUUUGACAUGAAUGUUUGCUCAAGAUUUGUCAAGUCGCUCAACGAGGAGGACAGCAAGAACAUCCAGGACCAGGUCAACUCAGAUCUGGAGGUGGCUUCCGUUUUAUUCAAAGCUGAGUGCAACAUCCAGACCUCACCUUCCCCGGGGAUACAAGUGCGCCAUGUUUAUACGCCAUCCACCACCAAACAUUUCUCCCCCAUCAAGCAGUCCACCACCCUCACCAAUAAACACCGUGGCAAUGAGGUUUCUUCCACACCUCUUUUGGUGCAUUCUUUGUCCAUUCAUCAGCUUGCAGCUCAGGGUGAAAUGGUGUUUCUGGCCAGCAGAAUUGAACAAGAGACUGUUAUCAACCUCCAAGAUGAAGAAGGCUUUACCCCCCUGAUGUGGGCAGCUGCACAUGGACAAAUCGCUGUGGUCGAGUUUCUGCUCCAAAAUGCUGCCGACCCCAACCUCCUGGCCAAAGGGAGGGAAAGUGCUCUGUCCUUGGCCUGCAGUAAGGGAUACACUGAUAUUGUGAAGAUGCUCAUUGACUGUGGGGUCGAUGUCAAUGAAUACGACUGGAACGGAGGAGCCCCUUUGCUGUACGCUGUCCAUGGGAACCAUGUGCGCUGUGUUGAAAUCUUGUUAGAGAGUGGUGCUGAUCCUACCACUGAGUCAGAUUCUGGAUUCAAUGCGAUGGACAUGGCUGUGGCUAUGGGCCACCGGAAUGUUCAACAGGUGAUGGAGGCGCACUUACUCAAGUUACUGAUGGGAAUCAGAGAAUGAACUGUGACACUUGAGGAAAACAAAUCCUGAAGGGGCGAUGCUCGGCGCCGGGCAAUCAUGUAGCACCCCCCCGCUGUCAGCCAACAGGAAUAUUUUGUUCCAUUAAGUGAUAUUCUAACACAGUUAACAUAAUGUUAUUUUGUUGCCAUAAUGCACAUGAAGCUUUGCACUGCGUGAAUUUUCAAUUUUAACUCUUUCAAACUGUUUUACUCUUUACACUUUUCACAUUAAAUGCAGCAGUAGCAUAUCUGAUCUGGACAUACAGUGGUGCUCAUGGUGCACAUCCAUGCUAAAGUUGACUAAAAACAGGAAUUAAAAAGAUCUCUUUUGGAAAUUGACCUUAAUGCCUUAAUUUAAAAAUUUAGGAAAAAUACAACCUUUAAGAACACCAAUUUUCUUUGUGAACGAAUUAUGUAUAGUAAAUUAAUAAAUCUUCCUUAAAACAUAGGGGCAUGAAGGAUGUCUGUACUCAUGCCCCCUGUAUUUUAAGGAAGAUUUAUUUACUAUACAUAAUUUGUUCAAAGAGAAGAUUUGUGUCCUUAAAGGUUGGAUUUUUCCUUUUUUUUUUUAAAUUAAGGAAUUAUUUUUUUAUUCCUCUUUUUAGUCAACUUUAGCAUGGGUUCAUACACUUAUGAGCACCAAUGUAAAACAAAGCUUCAACCCAGCAUGCACUGCACUCCACCUUCAGUGUGCUGCCAAAUGUGGAGAGCAGGGUAGGAUUAAGUUAGCUUUACCUAAAACACGUAGGGUUUGUUUGGACUUUUAAUAUCGUAUAUUACAUUACAUGCAAUCAUUGGCUGUUCCAACCUAUUCUCGUAGUGGCAAGUGUUUUUUUUUAACUUAUUAACCAUUAUAAGAAACCGUUUUUAUGAGUAAAAGAAUAUUAAUGUAAUCUGUUAAACUGCCUCGUGCUCCUACCGUCUGGUCUUCAUAGUGAGCCCAAGCACACGUCUGUGGCUCAUUCACUUAUGAAGACUGCAGUGGGUGGACUGGAAAUCCGUUCUUACAGACUGGAAUGCACACAGUACCGGCUGUUUGCUGAUCUUGAACAUCUGUGUUUUGGUUAUACCGACUUUAUUUAUUUUUUCUGUUGUAAUGCGGUAGAAUUCUCAUAUUGACGCAUGUGUAUUGUGAUAGCAAUGUCCACUGAUGUGUAGUGAAUUU